AGCCCGGGAAAGGCGGAGGCGCGCCCCUGCUCUGGGAACGGCGAGUCCCCGUUGCGACGCGCGCUGUGUCUCUGGGAACAGUAAUCCCGCCACUCCGGGCAUGCGGCGGCGCUGAGAGCCUGCCGGCCCGCGGAUCCAACAACUCUAGCGAGUCUCUUCCCCGGUUGUCCGAGAAGGCGGACUGAUCGCUGGGCAGGAUGACCAACCCCGCGGCCACGCAGAACAAGGAAAUAGACUGUCUGAGCCCAGAAGCUCAGAGACUGGCGGAAGCAAGGCUGGCGGCGAAGCGCGCGGCCCGUGCCGAGGCUCGGGAGAUCCGAAUGAAGGAGCUGGAGCGGCAGCAGAAAGAGCCCUCGGAGCACGGCGGCCACCUCAACUCCAGCUCCCGAGCCUCGUCCAGAGCCAGCUCAGCACGGGCCAGCCCAGUGGUUGAAGAGAGACCAGAAAAAGAGUUCACCGAGAAGGGCUCGCGCGGCCUGCCCGGCCUGUCUGCAGCCACCCUGGCCUCCCUCGGCGGGACCUCCUCUCGAAGGGGAAGUGGGGACACCUCCAUCUCUGUGGACACCGAGGCCUCCAUUAGGGAAAUCAAGGACUCACUAGCAGAAGUGGAAGAGAAGUAUAAGAAGGCUAUGGUUUCCAACGCUCAGCUGGACAAUGAAAAGACGAACUUCCUGUACCAGGUUGAUACCCUAAAGGACAUGUUGCUAGAGCUUGAAGAGCAGCUGGCUGAGUCCAGACGGCAGUAUGAUGAGAAAAACAAAGAGUUUGAGAGGGAGAAGCACGCCCACAGCAUCCUGCAGUUCCAGUUUGCCGAAGUGAAGGAGGCCUUGAAGCAGCGGGAAGAAUUGCUGGAGAAACAUGGAAUAGUCCUAAAUUCAGAGCCAGCCACCAACGGAGAGACUUCAGACACUCUAAAUAACGUCGGACACCAAGUUCCUUCCAAGCUAACGAAAGAAGAAUUAAACGCCCUCAAGACGGCGGGGGACGGGACGCUAGGAAGAGCCAGUGAAGUGGAGGUGCAAAGUGAAAUUGUGGAGAAUGUGGGGAAAAAAGAAAUCUUGCAGAAUACUGAGCGAGAGCGGCACAAGGAGGACCCAGCCCAGGAGUGUGUGGACACAGAGGUGUUCCGCCCUGGUGAAAAUGCCGAGGACCAGAAGGCCUCUGAAGAUGGUGCCCCCUCCCCGGGAGCAUUAAUAGAUGCUACGAAUGAGGAGCAGGCUCAGAACCAAAUUCUAGAGAAUGCUUCCCUCCUCGAAAAUACAGAGCAGGUUGAGUCUGAUGAGGUCAGAAACACACCAGGCGAUAGGACUAGGGCUUCCCUUGAGCAGUCCAAAUGUUUGCAUGUGUUAGAUGGCGAAACCCCAGGUCCUGGGACUGGGCAGGACAGUUACGAUGCCUUGGAUAUCAAAAACCACAGCAAAGAAUCUGCAGAAAACCAGGAGGACUUGAAUGCCAACUUGGGAGAGGGUAGCACAAAGCUGUGUGCAGAAUCCAAUUGCCUGCAACCAUCUGAAGCCGGAGGGCUGGGCAGCGCACACACAGGGCAGCAAGACAGGAGCCCCACAGAGGGUGUGGUGGAAGCAGGGCUAAUGGGGCCUGGGGAGCAGGUGAGCACAGAAGCCUCUGGCCUUCCAACAUCCAGCCAUGACAACAUGAGUUUUGAUGAACAGCGUGCCACAGAAGCCCCCACGGAGCUGGACGCAAGCACUGGGCGGGAUCUAGACAAAGAGUUCUCUGAGCAGGAAGCCACUGAGCCCCAGGAGCUCCCAGGUCAGAGCACAGCAGUAGAUGGGGAGCAUGACAAAAAGGAGGAUGGGGAAAGAGGGUUGAGGGACGAGGAACCAACACAGACAGAAUUGCAGAACGUUCCUUAUUGUCCAGAGGCUGGAAGCAGUCCUCAGGAAGCAACAGGUCUGGCUGUGGCAGAUGCGGAAAGUGAGCCCCUAGAUAGGAAAGACACUGAGGAAGAAAGGAAUGACCAACAGGGAGAGGCACUAGAUUCAUCACAGAGGAAGACAAAGAACAAGAAGAAGAAAAAUAAGAAGAAAAAAACAACAGCACCUGUAGAAACCCUUAAUGAGGUUGAGAAACAGUUAACAUUUCAGGACUCAGAUUUAAGCGAGGUGAAGAAAGAUGAGCCCAUAGCUCUUACUGACAGAAAACCAGUCAUGGAAGCACCAGACGAGGUGACUGAAAGUCCAGAAGAGGAAAGCGUAGCAGGAAGCAGUGAAAACCCUGAUUGUCCAGAAAAUCCUAAAAUUGAGUUGGAUGAAACACUUAACCAAGAAGACAAUGAUGUAAACACUAAGCAAGGGAAAGAGACAGCUGAUGGCGACACAUCAGCUUUGGGGGAUGACACAACCCCUUCAUCAGGCACAAGCGCCAGAGAUAAGGAGCUAGAGGAAGCCAUGAUCAAAGACAGCACUAAGGAUGAUGGCAGGGGUCCUCCAGAACCAAUGAGCAACACCCUGCUGGAGGGUGAGGGUCCCUUCAAGGACAGUGAAGAUGCCCCUCAAACGGGAAGUACAGAGCAGCAUGAGAUGGCAGAGGGGCCCAGUCAGAGAGUCAAGAAGGUUGCAGAAAACGAUGACUUGGCACCCAACAUGGAGCUGGGUGCCUGCACUUCAGAAGGCAAGGAUGAGCUGAGAGGCGAAAGCGAGAAGGGCAGAAGCAAGGAAGACUGUACCAUGUCGUAAAUGGGCAAAGGCCAAGAUUGCACAGGAAGCCCAGUGGUCAGGGGCUUGUCUGCUGCCCCCCUGGGUGAGGUUCCUAAAACGUUCCACAUGGAGAUAGAUGCACCAUAGGACAGUCAACCACCAAGCUAUCCAACACAUUGAGUUACAGACUGUUACUUGUAGCUGUAUUCUUCCUCAUUAAGGUUAUCACCCCGAUUAGAAAGAAAGAUACAUCUGUAAUCAGUAGGAGUCCUAACUGAGAGCAUUCCUGCCGUGUCAGACCAUGGUACACACUGCGCGUUUCUGCAUACAAUCCAAAUGAAGCUAUCUAACAUUUGCCUUGGGCUGAUACUC